CGUUCUGCAUCAUUAUGUCCAACAACAUCACUGCCGGCACUGGAACCAACGGUUCCUCAAACAAUAGACUAGACAGCAGUCUUGAAGCAGACAUUGCUCAUUUGAACACUCUUCUGUUAAACGGCUCAUUGGACGGUAGUAAUGAAACAGACGACCUGAUGGAAAUCUUGGCACGUUUAGACAGUGCUGAUGGUGUGGCCAAGGGCAUUGAAGGGAGAUUGGACGGGAUAUUGGGAACCUUAGACGAUCUCUUGACAUCCCUCGAGACGCACGAUGAGGCUAGCAUUCCGGAGAAGACGACAUCAGUAGAGGCAGAACGAGUCAUCGUCUCAUCAACAGAGAGCAAGACCAGCGACGAGCCUGUUCUCUCUCGCUAGCAAGGUUGUUUCUGUAGAGAGCCCGUCUAGAUGAGCACGGAGUCGUAGUCCUCGGAGUAGUACUCAUGUCAGGCCCGACCUUCGAGUGCUACAAGUGGUAGGGCGUCCCCGACAUGAGUACCAUCAGCCUCAGGUUCAAUAACGCAUACCCUGUCUGUACAGUGAAUGAAAUCCAGGUUGUAUACGCAU